AUGGGAGCUAACCAGGGCAGAGUCAAAGUCUACGGUGCUCAGUCCUCGUCGCUCAAAAACCUGCGUAGCCAGAAGGACAAACGGUCCCCUCGGCCCUGCCAGAGGGGGUCCUCGGCUCCCUCGUCGACAAGUCAGGUCCCAAAUGAUCUGGCGAACCAGAGCGAGGGACCCAGUAGGGGCCUCCAGUCAGGGACGACGACCCACAAGAGUUACCAGGUACCUUUCCAGAGUCUCGGGCCCAGCCUGGACCAAGCGCUGUUGACGGAGGCGCAUGGGCUGAUCACAGAUAUGCUCCAGGACCCACUGUUACCUCCACACAUAACAUGUGGACUCCGAGCCUUAAGCAGUCUGCUCUGCCCUUCGGGAGGUCCCCCCAAGCAGCGGGGGAGCCAGGGAGGGUCCCUGGCAGUCGAACUGAGACCAACUUGCGAUCCACAAGAAGAGGAUCUCCCUUACACCGGGGAGAAACCUUCUGCCAUUCCUAAGCUACGGCGGCACCUACCGCCUUCACUUCUGCGGAGAAUGUCAACUUCAACAUGGACUACAACGACCUCCGCCACGGGGAUGCCGACGCUAGAGCCAGAGCCUUCUCGCAAGAGAAGCACUAGCUUUAGUGCUGCGCUGCGUUCGCCCUCAUCUUCGCUAUGUCCUCCGGGUGAUAGAAAUUCGUUAAGUUUAGAACCAGGGAGUAACGACGAGGCCGAAUCUCCCUCGAGUAUUCCGGAGGGCGCGGUUGAAUGUCGACAGGAUCGACUUCGAUCUGAGGGACAGCUCAACUUAUUAGAGACUGUGAAACGUGAUUCACUGACUCCCGACGGACACGAAAGAGAUCGUUUUCGACUAGACCGAAGAUCCGAGAGCCAACGAUCAGACAUAAUCUGCAGCCACUGCGGUCGGAGAAGCAGCUUUAGUCAAACAAUUCCAGAAGAGCCCCCAAUCAAACAGAACAAACCGCCAGAAAUUUCCUCGCCGUCACCGGGCGUAUUCCAUAUCAACGGACAAGUAUUCGAUGUGAUGUCCAUUCGGAACGAUCCGCUAUUGGCCACUUUAGGCGAUUGGGAUUUUCAGAUAUUUGAUCUCAGUGAAAAAGAUCCCAACACCAUAUUGAGCAAGAUGUGCUACAGAAUCUUCCACGACACCGGCCUUUUCGAGUCGUUUAAAAUUCCGGAGAAACAGUUUUUAGCGUUUCUGCAUGCGGUCGAAAACGGCUACAGAGAUAAGCCGUAUCACAAUCGAAUGCACGCGGCAGAUGUUCUGCACGGAGUGUAUCACCUGACAUCUCAGCCAAUCCCAGGUCUGGAGCAAGUUCCAGUCUCCGAUUCCAGUCAGCCAUCCACCGGUCAAGAUUCCCCUCUACAUCAAACCUACUUCGCGCAAAGUUGUCCCAGCGAAGGGAAUCUACCUUACGGAAUCAUGGGCAUAAAUUUCCCGGCCUUGGAGCUCAUGGCUCUGUAUCUGGCCGCGGCCAUGCACGAUUUCGACCAUCCAGGUCGGACGAACGCUUUUCUCGUGACAACUCACGCCCCACAAGCCAUCCUCUACAAUGACAGGUCCGUCCUGGAGAAUCAUCACGCGGCGGCAGCAUGGUCGCUUCUGAUGAGUCAUUCCGAGUACGAUUUUCUGUGUAAUCUCGACAAAGCAGAGUUCAAGAGACUGCGAUAUCUCGUCAUAGAGUGCGUUCUAGCCACAGAUCUGAAACGUCACUUCGAAAUUCUCGCAGAGUUCAGCGCGAAAAUGAAUAUUACGGACGGGAGCGGUCUCGAUUGGACGAACGAGGCCGAUCGUCUUCUUGUCAGCGAGAUGGCCAUCAAACUUUCCGAUAUCAAUGGGCCGUGUAAAAAGCGAGAUAUUCACGUUCGGUGGACGCAUCGUAUAGUUGAAGAGUUCUAUGAACAAGGCGAUGAGGAGCAACGACUCGGUCUCCCAGUAUCGCCGUUUAUGGACCGAUCUCGACCUCAGCUUGCCAAACUUCAAGAAUCGUUCAUCAAGCAUCUCGUCGCACCCCUUUGCAAUGCAUAUGGCCAGGCCGGGCUCCUGCCUGGAGAAUGGGUCCUCGUGGAUGGUGAUCCUCAAAUUCUCAACGAUAAAUCGGUUGUAGAGACUCAGGCCAAACCCUUUACAGACGAUGAUGCUUCGUCGAGUGACACCAACCUCGACGAUGAUGAAAACCGAGAAUACGGGAAGCCCAAUCCAAGAAGAGCGAGCCAAGUUUUCUGCGUCCAAACCCAACACCUACAGGACAAUUACGCGCAUUGGAUCAAGGUCAUCGAGAAGGAACAGGAAUCGACGUCGAGUCUCCAAGAAGGCGAAGAGGGCGAAGGGGACGAGCCUUAAUCUAAGCCAUUUCUCAUUGUGAAGUGAUCCAUUCCGAAAAGAACACCUCACGCCCCUUCGGAAAAAUCUGAAGCACACUGAGAGACUCCCUCCGUUUUCACCGUCUCUCGACAAUCCGAUAGGUGGAUAGCGAUUCAGAGGAGAAAUCGGAUUCGUGUGAAAGUUCAUCGAUGACAACACUGAUAGAGACGGCGUCGAGAGCGGGGAGCUCGAAUCCCUCAGUCGAAACACGAGGGAAGUGUGAUAUCGCCAUACUGUUUUACGCUUUGGCAGCGGAAGGACCAAGAAGAGAAUAUUGUCAGCGGGAGCGAUUAUCAGACGCUGGAAGUCACCGACGUGUACGCAGUCAAUCAUCAACGGACGGACCUUGGAGCGUGAUUGUCUUCGUCAUUUGUCUGCAAGAAUUCAAUGCUUAGGAGUUCGCUUUUGAUACGCAAGGAAUUGGAACGUGCCACAGGAGACAAAGGGAUGCUACCACGCUUGCGGGGGCUGAUUGUGGGGGCCUUGAGAGA